UGUGAACCUCACGGCUUCAUUUUACGAGGCGGGCAGGAAACACCGCGGCGGCUCGACUCGAGCAGACGCGACGACGCCACAUCGGAAACUUAGUUGUUUGUCGGAUACACACAUUUAUAUUGUAGCCUAAUCGCGCAGAAAACAACCGAAAGUCCCCGGUUCAUCUUGGGGCCAGUGAGGGAGAAAACGGGAAAUGAGACACAAGAUGCCCGGUCAGCUUCGCAACUUGAAGCGCAGAAAGGGGAAGAGCGGCUCUGAGACCAAAAGUUCCAGUAAGGCCUCUGCUACAAAGAGAAAAGAUAUCAAAAGACCAAAGACAGACCCAGCAGCUGGCUUUCAGAAGAGGAACUCAGCGGUGUGUGGUUACAGCACACCAGCCAGUCCUCUGGAGAGGUUUUCUCACAUCACCUGCGAGUGCCACCAGGUUCCUGACAGAAAACGAUGCCUGGCUUCACCACAACUGGAAGAGCAGGAGGGUAAAGAGAACGAGGUGAGGAUGAGGUUGGAGUUAGACGGCUGCAGAGCGUACGGUUUCCUGGACACCGAGGAGGCUGAGUACAUGGAUUAUGCAAGCUCCGGCAAGAGCAUCUUCCCCGAUGACGACAGCAACCAGAUUCUUCCUGUGGAGCAGUUCUUUGGAAACUUGGACACUGUACAGGAUUUUCCUCAAAGAUCAGCAACAUCGUCCAUCUGGGUCCACAGGGAGAGCAGGAGGCGACAUUUCUACGCCAAAGAGGACAGUGAUGAGGAGGAGGCAGGUUACACCGACAUGCAGCAAGAUGACAGAGGGGGCAGUUAGUGAAUAGUAACCACACCGAUGGCUCCGUGGAACUGUACAGUAAUUUGCGCCUCUGGAGGGGCAUAAAACCUCUUUAUGCUUUGGCAAGAAGAAGCCAAGUGAAACUGGCAAGAGCUAGUCCAAGAAAAAAGCCACAUGCCAAGUUGUUUUCGCCCCAUUAAAGCAUCACUGGGUCUGACCCAGGAACAUUUUUUCAUAUUGUAAACGCUUGUCAUUUUUUAAAAGAGUGAUGGUUACAUUUAUGGGGUUAAGGAACGCUAUAGCUCUGUUUAUGCUUGUACUGCUUCUAGUUUUGUCUUAACUGAUGUUAUUUGAAGGGUGUUUACACUAUCACACCCGGCAACGAUUCCUGUGUUUGACAGAUCUAGACUUUUGCUGAGUCAUGCUAGGGUUUGUUAUGAUUGGAUUCUGUCAUGGAUCAUGAAGCAUACUUUUCCAGUAAAGCCACUUUAAAUACCCAUUUUGCAACAUGCUCUAAUAGCUUUAUGCUCUUAAGACAAUGAAAGCAAUCAUGCAAAAUAUGCCUCUAGUGUGAGAAAACACAGGGGUGAUCAUAAGAGAAUUUGAAAGAUUAACAGGGAUGAGAUAGAAAUGAUGGCAAGAUCAGUCAUUCGACAUGACAUAUUGGCUCAAACAGGUUUUUGUUAUUUUAGGCACGAGGUCAGAUUAAAUAUUCUUUAAUGAAGAUUACAUUACAUAACAGAGACCAGUGCCAUGAUUUGCUGAAAGCGGUAAUGAAUAAAUAGCAUUUUGUGGCUUUGCAACAGCUUUGAAUCAUAAACCGUUAUGAAUGACAUGAUAACCAGUUACAGUAAAUGCAUAAGGAAAAAAACUCACUUUAUAAAAUUGUAUAAAGAUGAUGACUGUUGGGAGGGUGCGUACACACCAAAGGGCAGUUUCAAAAAUUAAGAUCACAGCUUUCUCUUUACUUGGUUUUUGAGAUGAAUUGUAUGCACAGACAUUUUGCAUGUUGCUUAAUAUCCACAGUGUCUUCAUGUUCCUCCUUAAAACAAAAUCAAACUGUGUGAGUGUUGGAUUGUAUGUUACCUGGAUAUUUUAGGAGUCCACAUGGUGGUGAAAUCUCCUCAUUAGUUGCUCUGUGCUCCUCUGGGCUGCUAACCACAAUACUGGAUUUCUGUUUCCAUUCACUUCCAUAGUAAAACAGUUGCCAAAUGACACUUUUAGCACAGAAACAUAAGGUAGAUUGUGCCAGUUUAAAAAAAUAACCCUGGUACCCAUCAUUUUCUGUGUAAUUACCGUUAUUUGUUAAAGUACCAUCAGGUUGGUCCUUCUUAGCACAAGGUUACUGUGUGGAAGUUUCCUGCAGACGUUACUUGCCAGAUCUACUUUCCAAGUCAUGUGUACAUGUUCAUUUAUGUGCUGAACGUGUUAUCUGUGGAGCUGCUUUGCUAUGGAAGUGAAUGAAGAAACCCAACUCCAGUAUUGUGGAUUAGCAGCUCAGAGGAACACAGAGCAACCGAUGAAGAUAUUUCACCACCAUGUGGACCCAAAACACCAAGGUAACUAUAGAACCCAACAAGCUACCAAAGUUCAAUUUUGUUUGAACAUCUUUCAGUGUUGCUCGACUCACAGCAGCCACAUACACCAUGUCUGUCUACAUGUCAGUGCAGCUCAUUUAUCCUACUGAAUUAAAUAUUGUGUACAUUUUUAACACCAUAUAAAAAUGUUGUACGAUAAGACAUGGACUAAAAGUAAAUCUGAAACUGUUCUCAGUGUGAAUUGACUGAGGAUGAUUUAAGUGAUUGCUUGUAAAAAAAUCAAACCAUUAUGUACCUUUUUACCCACUGAGAUUGAAAAUAAUUGCACUAACAAAAUGCUCAGUUCAUAUCUGCAGUAAUCUUGUAUAUUUUGUUGACUGUACUGAUCAGAUGUUAUAUUUUGAUUUUUCAUUAUGCUGCCUGUUAACUCAUGCCUUAUUUAUGCACAGUGGUUUUCAUAUUUUUCUAUGCAACUGCUUGACUGAAUGAACGACUCAUUAAUCCAGCAAUCAUUGUAGUCAAAUGAUGAAUUUUAUAUUACCGUGCCAACACAAGAACAAAUAAAUGUUUUCUUGAUUUCA